GUGGGCUAUUCUACAGGAUAUCUAUAACUGUCUUUAGUUCCAACUCUGACGCUACAUUGAAAGUACAUGAUGUGGUUGCAGAAUGGCUAAACCGUACUUUCCAGAACUGGAAUUACACUGUGUAUGUGGUCAAUAUCAGCAUCCACCCUGGCUCCAUAAAAGAGGGAACAAGGGAAAAAAGAAGUAUUAAAAGUUUUGGGGUUUUGGCUCUUCUGGUUUAUAAUUCUACCAACAACAUCAAUUUAGAAGAGGAAGACAUCCGACAGAAGCUCAUAAGUAAUAAUGGGACCAUGGAAGGAGGAUAUAAGCUUCAUACUGUGGAUGUUGAUCCAGUGGAAAAAUGUUUAGCAGAAGAAAACCCUCCAAACUAUUUUUGGCCAGAUACCAGACCAACUGUGACCAACUUCACAUUAUGCCAUGGGAGCUCUGUUCAGACUGCAUCAAGAACCUGCUAUUUGGGUCUGCAGAAUUAUACAUCAUACUGGGGCCAGCCUGAUCUUAGAAAUUGCACAGAAAAUGCAGCUGAUAUAGCCAAUCAGCUUCUGAAUCUUACUGGUGAAGGGCAGCAGCUAACCUCAGACAAAGUAAAUGAUGUUGUGCAGAAGCUCAAAAAAAUUGUGAACGAUGAAGAAAUUGAUGAAUCUCUGGGUUCUACUGUGGUGACAAUUUUCUCCAAUAUUCUAACUAGUUCAGACAGUGUAUUGGCAGCAUCAUCAUCAGAAGCUUUAAAAACUAUUGAUGCCUUGGCUUUAAAGAUCCAGUUCACUGGACCAUCCAUGAGUAUUUCAACACGAAACCUUGCACUUGGAGUGUCUUCUAUAAACUCGACUUCGUUCAGAGGUGGUUCUUUCAGUGUCAGUCCGCAGAAUAAUGCAUCUGAUUUCCAGAUAGAUUUUGACAAAGAUCAGACAAAUGCCAUUGCUUCUGUUGUUCUGCCACCAAGUUUACUGAAGAAUUUAAGUCAAGAUGAGUUUGAAGUUAUAUCCAGGGCUCAGUUUACUUUCUUCAAUAAAAAUGGUCUUUUUCAGGAUGCAGAAAAUCCUGCUGAUUUGACCAGUUUUGUGGUGGCAUGCAGUAUUGGAAACAUAACCAUUCAGGAUCUUCAGGAUUAUGUGAAGGUUACAAUUAAGCAUACCAAAAUUCAGGAAGAUCCUAAGCCUACCUGCGUCUUCUGGGAUAUGAGCAAAAAUGGUGGCAAUGGUGGCUGGAACCCUGAGGGCUGCCAGGUGGAUACAGAGUCCAAUGAAAAUGAGACGGUUUGCUUAUGCAACCACCUCACACACUUUGGGGUCCUAAUGGAUCUUCAGAGAACCGUUACACAAAUAGACCCACAGAAUACCAAGGUCCUCACCUUUAUCACUUACAUAGGCUGUGGGGUAUCUGCUAUAUUUUCAGCUGCAACUCUUCUGACAUAUAUUGCAUUUGAGAAGCUGCGAAGAGAUUAUCCAUCCAAAAUCCUGAUGAACUUGAGCACAGCCCUGCUCUUUCUUAACCUGAUCUUCUUACUUGAUGGUUGGAUUGCAUCCUUUGACAUAGAUGGCCUCUGCAUAGCUGUAGCUGCACUUUUGCACUUUUUUCUUCUGGCCACCUUUACAUGGAUGGGACUGGAAGCUGUUCACAUGUACAUUGCUCUGGUGAAAGUGUUCAACACGUAUAUACGGCGAUACAUACUGAAGUUUUGCAUCAUUGGCUGGGGUUUGCCAGCUCUGGUGAUAGCAAUUGUUUUUGCAAGUGCUAAUACAAAUGCAAGUCAUGUAUAUGGCAAACAGUUAUAUGGCAAAGAUGCUAAUGGACAAGGAGGAGAUGACUUCUGCUGGAUCAAGAAUGAAGUUGUCUUUUAUGUGACUUGUGCUGGAUACUUUGGAAUCAUGUUUCUGAUGAAUGUUGCCAUGUUUAUUGUGGUGAUGGUGCAGAUCUGUGGGAGGAAUGGGAAAAGAACUAAUCGGAGCCUGAAGGAAGAGAUCCUGAGGAACCUCCGUAGCGUGGUCAGCCUGACCUUCCUCUUGGGCAUGACAUGGGGCUUUGCCUUUUUUGCCUGGGGUCCCUUAACUCUUCCUUUCCUGUACCUCUUCUCAAUUUUCAAUUCACUGCAAGGUUUGUUUAUAUUUGUAUUCCAUUGUGCUAUGAAAGAAAAUGUACAGAAGCAAUGGAGGAGACAUCUUUGUUGUGGCAGAUUCCGACUGGCAGACAAUUCAGAUUGGAGCAAAACAGCAACCAAUAUUAUAAAGAAGAGUUCUGAUAAUCUUGGGAAAUCCCUAUCUUCUAGUUCCAUUGGCUCCAAUUCAACCUACUUAACAUCCAAAUCAAAAUCUACAACGAAUACAUAUUGCAAACGAAACAGCCAUACAGACAAUGUUUAUCUUGACAAGCCAUCUUCAAAAUUUGCCCAAGAGGAUGGAGAACAGACAUCAAUUAUCCCUGUCCACCAGGUUAUUGACAAGGUCAAGGGAUAUUGUAACCCUCACUCCGACAACUUCUAUAAAAAUAUCAUCAUAUCCGACACAUUUAGUCACAGCACAAAGUUCUAACUGGGCUUCUGAGUUUUUUAAACUGAAGGAAG